CGGGGGCCAUGGUGGGAUUCAGGAAGCUCACCGUCUCCACCUGCGCCCUUCUGGCGCUCGUCGCCCUAAAGAUUUACAUAGACAUGACUUACACGUUUCCCUUCGACGCGGACCGGCAGCCCGCCGCCAGCCACGCGCCCGGGAACCUGGUGGCUGAGCUGGAAGCCCUUCAGGGCCAAGACAACCGGUCGACGGCCAAACUCCACAGCCUGGCACAGAGACUGCGGAAGACGGUGGUCGCGUCGGACGCCCUUUGGAACCGCAAAGAACUGCAGCUGUUGGACUCUAAGGGGUUAACGGCGUGGACUUGCAGGAGCGAUAAGGACAGCAUUAAAGACUUGGCCGCCUAUCCGCAUGCGCUGCAGCACUUUCUGCUGCACGGGGGGUGCAGGAACCACCCGACGCUCAUCGACCAGCCCAGCAAAUGUUCUCCCAACAAGACUUUUCUUCUCCUGGCCAUCAAGUCCUCCCCGCAGAACUUCGCCCAGCGCCAGGCCGUGCGGAACAGCUGGGGGAGCGAGAGGGACUACGGCGGGCGGCCCGUGCGGCUCGUCUUUCUUCUGGGGGUCGCUCCGGGGCCGGAUCUCUCGCCCCUUCUGUCGUACGAGAACGGCCGCUUCCACGACCUGCUGCAGUGGGACUUCAUGGACACGUUCUUCAACCUGACAGUGAAAGACCAGAUGUUCCUGGGGUGGGCGAGAGCGCGGUGUCCGGGGGCCGCGUACAUCCUCAAAGGGGACGACGACGUCUUUGUACGGACCCCCGACGUCGUGCGCCAGUUGUCUUCCAUGACCGGGCAGAAACCCCGCGCUCUGUAUAUGGGAGACGUGGUAAUGGCCGCCAACCCUUACAGGGACCCCAGGAGCAAAUACUACAUCCCCCCGUCUUACUACGUGGGCUCGUACCCCCCGUACGCCGGCGGAGGGGGCUACGUCUUUUCCGGGAUCCUUGUCCCGUGGCUGUAUUUGGUGUCCCAGUUUGUGGCUCCUUUUCCGAUUGACGACGUUUACGCGGGAAUGUGCUUCAUGGCCUUGGGGGUGAGGCCUGUGGGGAACCCGCGCUUUCGGACGUUCGAGACCCCGGGGGGGCGGGAAGUAUUAAAGUGCCCCAAACAGAGACUGCUCCUGGUGCACCGGAAAUCCCCGCAGGAGAUCCUGAAGAUGUGGGGGCAACUGACGGACAACGUGGCUCAAUGCUGAGGGUGGGUGGGGGGUCCGCUGACCUAAAACCGCAAGCCUCUGCUCUCCCCGCAUGCUUCCCCCACGCCAGGCUGACGCCAGACCCCAUUCUGCAUUCAGAGACCGCAACUACUGAGCAUGCGCGUGCCGGCAGUGAAGGCACUUGGCUUGUUGAUGCUCUAAGUGGCUUAAAAAUGACCAAAUUAACCCAGAAAGCCAAAGGACAAAAUGGCAGCUUUUACCGAAAAGCAAAUAACGUCCCCCCCAAAAAAAACUGCUCUCCGCCAGCAGCACGAGCUCCACAUCCGGCGCCUCCGAAACCUGCAUUACGGAGCGCGAUGAGGUAGGCGUUAACAGACUCGGCUGGCCGCUGGAGCACCAGAAGCCCCCGUUACACCGGACCCCUCGUCCCACCCGUCCACACGACCCCGUUACGUUGUAACGCGAAAGCAGUUGUGUAGAAUGAUAUUAUUGGUGGGAUUGUGAAUAUAUAAUGGAAUUUUCA